GGGUCUUCUCCCUCCCCCCUCUUGCCCUCUGUUGCCUCUGCUGCUGCGGCCGACCUCGUUGGUUUCGAGUCGGUCGGCGCUGCGUCUGCCCCGAGCGAGAGUCGCCGCACCGGCAAGGGCAAGGGGGGAAAGGGCGCUGGAGGAGCUGGAGGGGGCAGUGGAGGUGGUAGUGGAGGCAGCGGAGGGAGUGGGGGUGGAGGUGGGAGUGGUGUUGGGGGUGGAGGUGGGAGUGGUGCUGCGGGUGGCACCGGCGGCGGCAGCAGUGGAGGCGGCGGAGGCGGUGGAGGUGGCAGAGGGAGCGGAGGCGGCGGAUGUAGUGGAGGAGGCGGAGGUGGAGGAGGCGGCGGAGGCGGCGGAGGUGGCGGCGGCGGUGGAGGUGGCGGUGGUGGAGCGAUUCGCGACUCUGCGCAGAGGAGUGGCGCCGGUGGUGGUCAACGCCAGCAGCAGAUGCGGAGUGUGCAGAGGCCUGCACUCCACCCAGCGCUGCUUUGGUCGCCUCACGGACGCGUGGCGUCGCCAGAUCCCUAAGGCGUCAAAGAUCCCUUGCUGGGGAGAUCUGGCUAAGGCCGGGGUUGCUAUCUUCGAUCUUGACUUUGAUGCUAUCCUUGCUGCCAUGUAUGCUGUUGAUACUGGUGUUGUGGGUGACUGUUGCCUGUGUGUACCGCCUGACCCGGGCAUUGAGGCUGCUGCUCUAGGUGCUGGUGAGGCUGCUGCUCUAGGUACUAGUGCGUCUACUGCCCCAGGUGCCAGUGCGUCUGCCGCCCUAGGUGCUGGUGAGUCUACUCUCUCAGGUACUACGUUGGCUCAAGCCUUCCACACCUUCACCCUAGACUCGGGUGCGUCCCGCUCCUUCUUAUGA